GUCAACAAAAGUAUGGCGAAGAUAUCACAGAGUUGGCUUCAAGGAAUAAUAUUUCUUUCGUCUUUUCAUUUUUUGUUAUGUGGAAAUUUUUGCAACAGACCAAGGACCUACCAGUAUGGCACGAAGUCUUGUCCUAGGUGUCGAACCAACAAAAUUUACACAGAGACCCAUUGCUGCAAUAAAUGGAAUGGGUAUACCUGUGAUGUUCCCAUCUGUAAUCAUCCUUGUAAAAGUCAUGAAACCUGUUAUGCUCCUGACACAUGUCGCUGUUCAAACAAAACUAUAGGAGGAGUAUGUGCUGGUCAUGCGUGUUUUCCACCUUGUCAGCAUGGCGGGGAAUGUUAUGGGCUAAAUAUAUGUAGUUGCCGACCAGGUUAUGCAGGUGAUUUCUGUGAUGUUAAUCCAUCUGAUAUUAUAUUUGUGGUAGACGAAUCAGGUAGUGUUGGGAGUAGUAAUUUUCGUGUAACAAUGGAGUAUCUUGCCAAUGGUGUUAAUAGACUUCCUAUCAGAUACGACUUACUACGUGUUGGUAUGGCUUUAUUCCAGGGCUCUGUUAAAACAAGAUUUCAGCUCGAUCAUAGCUUCGAUAAGUCUGUCAUUACAAACACAAUAUUGGAGACAGUUUUCGGAAUAGGCGAUUCAACAGACAUUGAUGGUGCUAUUGGUUACGCUUGCGGCGAUAUGUUUGAACUUGAAAAAGGAGAUAGAAAACAUGCCCAAAAUAUUUUAGUGUUGAUAACUGAUGGACAGUCAUCUAGUGCAAACAAUCCUGGACUGCAAAAGUGUAAAAGAAAAAACAUAACAAUAAUUGGGAUAGGAAUUGGGAGUAGUGUUAAUGAAAAACAACUUCGAUCUUUGGUCUCCAAACCGGAAUAUUACUUUGAUACAACAUAUGAUAACUUGGAGAAAACUUUACCCAAACUUAUAAAAACUAUAACAGAUUUUUGCCCACCUGGCUGCAAAAAUAAUGGUAUUUGCAUAUCUCGGGGACUAUGUCAAUGUCCAGGAGGAUUUAAAGGAUUACUUUGUGAAACUGAAGCUGUCUGUAAUCAGAAGUGUGAAAACAAUGGAACUUGUACAGAACCUGACACAUGUGUAUGCGAAAAUGGAUUUAGUGGAGGCUUGUGUGAAGUGGAUUUGUCGAAAACGGCUCCUGUGUAUACUGAAACUCAUGUGAAUGUUAUACAAGGACUUCCCAAGAACAUUGUCAUCGCAAUAGUUACAAGUUUAUGUUUACUAUUGUUUAUCCUGGUUGCUGUGAUCUUGUUUCUAUGGAAAACCAGAAGAUUACAAGCUGGUAUACGAACAAUUAGAAAUACCAUCAGAGUAACUGAACCAGCCAGUGGAAAUAACCGAGCCCAGAUGUCGAAUAACGAUGAUGAUAUAUAUUUUUACGGUGCAAUGGAAACACAAGGACGAGAUACAUGGACGAUCAAAAGACAAGAUUUAUCUUUAGAAACAGAACUUGCACGUGGACGAUUCGCUAUAAUUUAUUUGGCUCAAUACUUUAACCACCAGGAUGUCAGAAAAGUUGUUGCAAAAACUUUAAAAGAUGAUCAGAAUCAAGAUAAUGUCAUAAAGAUGAAAGGAAAGAUCAAUUUUUAUGGAACUAAAAUUGGACAUCACAAAAAUAUCUUGGAUUUUAUUGGAUCUGUUAACGAUGAUAUUCGUGGUCCUAUCAUGGUUUUAGAAUAUUGUUCUAGAGGAGUUCUGAAAGAGUUUCUAGAGUCCGCCAGAUCAAACGUCACUGUGGAUUUAGAGGAAAGAUUGUUUCGAAUAACGCUUGCUAUUUGUGAAGGAAUGGAUUAUUUAUCCUCUCAGCAGGUGGUACAUAGGCGUUUAGCAGCACGAAAUGUGUUACUCAACGAUCAGUAUGUUCCAAAAAUCACAGGAUUCGGCCCUGAUCCGGAAGCAAUUCAAACCGAAACCGGAGACACCAGAAAAUCUGAAAGAAUUCCAAUCAAAUGGAUGGCUCCAGAAUGUAUGAAAACAACUAAAUAUGCUAAUGAGUUGAGUGACGUGUGGUCAUAUGGGAUCGUUAUGUGGGAAAUAUUUUCUCUUGGUGAAACACCAUAUCCAGGUAUAAACAACACAGAUGUAUUAAGUGUGGUUAAGCGUGGCACUAAAAUGAAGAAACCAGAGUUAUGUGAUGACACAUUUUACAAAAUCAUGCUGAAGUGUUGGCACUACGAUCCACGUAAACGGUCAGGAUUUGAACAAAUCAAGGAGGAAUUGAGCAAGCUUUUCACGGAAGAAACUGGUGACGACGACUAUUACAUGUACUACAAAUCAAACGAGAAGUGAUAAUUUUUCUCGUAUUGAUGAUUGAAUAUCAAGUUCUUGAUAUCAAACAACAGAUUCCUUGAACAGACAUUUAAACAAGCAAUGUGUUGGUUUUUUUUGUUGUUGAAAUUCAGUUUUUGAUUCAGCUUUGUAAAGAAUUUGCAUUUUUCUUUUAUCAUGUAUUUGGAAACCGAUUCUGUCAUUUCACGAAACGUUCCAACAUUAGCAAAUUUAUAUAUAGAACAAUUAUAACAUGAGAAAAUAAGGCAUAGGUUAAAUAAUAUAGAAACAGAUUUUGAAAUUGAAAUACAGAAAAAGUUAUUAAAAAAAAAUAAAGGAAUUCGAUUGCUUAUCAAAUUAUAACCAGAUCAAAUUAAAUGUAAUCAUUUUUGCUACACGAACAAAGUAAAUGUAAGUAAAUGUUCGUUCUCACUUUUGAAUUAGGAGUGAACAUGAUAAUGUAUUAUCUUAUAUUCUCACAAUGGAAAUUGAAAUUUUUGAUUUUAGCAAUAAAAAUUACUUUUGUGUAAAAAUUAGCAAUAAAUUUCGGUGAAUUGUUUUUUUUUAGCAAAAUUAAUUCAUGUUCUACAAUUACUAAUUUGUAUAUACAUAUUUUGUGCUAGGUUUUCACUGGAAAUUGCGCGAUAUUUAUCUGUUGAAAAGUGACUACAUUUGCGCGGAUUUUUACAAAAACAUAUGUACCAUUAGUAAAUAACUUUAACUAUUAUUCUAUAAAACAAACUUACUUAAUAUUGUUCAGACAAACUGCAAACUGAAAUUAAUUUGAACAAAGGAGUAGUUCCGAUAAGACCAUUAUUUGGCCCCAAAAUAAAGCAGUUUUACACAAUUAUUAAAAUGUAAAAUCUAUUGGAAAGAAGAAUGGUUCUGCUACAUAAAUAUGUGCUGUUUUUGACAGUACAAUGCACAUAUAUCGGGUACUAGCAUCAUAAAGUCAUGCUAAAUUACUGAAAUCUUUACAAUUUUAGCAUUUUAGUUAAAUUUUUGACGGUUUUCGUCUUAAAUGAAAGUGGCCGCAUUUGUGUUCAUUCAGAAUAUUGAAAUGUAAGUUGUGUUUAAUGAUAAUACAUAACAUAUAUAAAGGUUGAGGAUGAACACGGAUGCGGCCACUUUCAUUUUUGACAAAACUGAUCUGAAAAUUGACAUUUUUUUGCAUAUUUGAUAGAUUUUCUAUAGUUUAGCUAGAAUCGGAGCCUUUCAAUGACACAAGCAGUUAAAAUCUUUCACAUAAAUUGAAAUAGACACUUUAUUGUUUAAAAAGUGUUCAAAAUCUUUCGUCAGAUGAACCUGAAAUUUGAGGCCAAAAUCGGCCCUUUCCGUACUCCUUUACUAAACAAAAUGGCGAAAAUAAAUUAAUCAACAAAUUUGCCGACUUCUUAGUGGAAAAUAACGUUUCUGUCCACUACAAAUUGCAAUGUUGAUUGCUGUGUCCAAGGAAGGAACAAAACGUACCAUCAAUGGACCAGAGUCUUGUCAUAGCCAUUACAAUCUGUGACUUUUAGACUAGUAUAAUAGUCCCAGUUACAAUGAACAGUUUUAUUCAACUAGUCUACACUUUCGUUGAGUAUUCAACAAGUUCAGGCGAAUACUUAAAUUAAAAUUUGCUUCAGCGAUAACUAAGCCUUAACAGGUCAACAAUUUCUGAAAUUUUACAAUGCUAUCCCGAGUCGCUAGGAUGCAAUUACCGGGCAAGAACGGAUCUAUAGAUGUUUCCCGAAUAGAUAGCAUCAGCAAGUUUAUUGCGGUUUUUUUGCAUGCCUAUAUACUUAUUCUUUGAAUGUAUGUGCCUGUCCCAAGUCUGUAAAUCCGUGGUUGUCGUUUGUUUAUGUGUUACAUUUUUGUUUUUCGUUCAUUCUUUUUUAUACAUAAAUAAGGCCGUUAGUUAGAUAUUUUAAAGAUAUUUUGUAUGUUUUUAUGUUUUUAUGUUUUUGCGUUUUUGUGUAUUUAUUUAUGUUUUGCUUUUUUUAGGUUUUAUUACGUGUAUAGUAAGAAUAACAACACCAAGCAUAUUUUAAGUUUCUUUAUUUUUUAUUUUCCUCUAUUAUUUUAGAUCAUCUGAACCGAAUGCAAAAAAUAGCUUUUCUCAUUACUUUGCGUCUGUUCUCUGCUGUCGUCCGAUAUAUAUAUUUACAAUCAUCUUCUCCACGGAACCAAAGUUGGACAGACUUAUCCUUGAUAUAUCAAAUUGUGUCCGAUGAUCCUGCUUGCUAAUAAACAUGACCAACAUGGCUAAUUUAUUAUAGUUUUUUUAUGUUGCAAAUGCUUAAAAUCAUGAAAAACUUAAAUGUUAAGAGUCAAUGUCAGAGAGCACCGGGCAGGACUGUUCAACUAAAUAAAAUGGCAAAUUUUCAAUGUAAUGUUUGGGGGAAAAGCAAAUUUCGACCAGUUUUUAAUUAUCCAUCGCCGCAA